AUGGCUGCACCCACAGAGCGCUUCCUCCAGCUCUACAUCUUCGAGAAGGCGCCCCGGUGCCUUCCUCCCUACGUGGACCUCCAGAACCUCACUGGAGACAGCCUGGUCCGCGCGAUGCGGCGAGCCGCCCUGCACCCCUGGCGCGACGCGCGCUUCUGGCGGCGCGCCGCGGAGCACGUGUCGGCCCUGGAUCCCCAAAAGUUACCGGGAAGGGACCUGGCGCAGGUGUGCCUGGCUUUCAAAAGGGUGGACUUCCCGAGCAGUGUUCUGUCCCAGCAUUGCCAGCAGUAUGUGCAGAGCAACUACCAGAACUUGAACACCUUCGAGCUUGCGGCGGUGCUGAGUUACUUUUGCUUCGCUG